CCCUACCGCGACACAUACCGCCGGAUUGGGGUGAGAGGUUACUUGUCCCGCAUGCGCACUACUGCCUACAGUAAUGGCUGCUUGCAACAGGAGGUUGCCUGGUUUUCUGCGGAGAUGUUGUGGGUGUGUGAUGGAGAUGAAUGUUGCUAUUCCUGUCAGGAUGUCCUUACUCAUAAGGUUAAUCAGCACAAGCUCCUCCUUGCAGAAGAGGAGCAUGGCUGCUACAUUCCAUGAGAAAUAUACUGAAGAAUUCAUUAAACAACAGAUUGAAGAGUUCAACAUUGGGAAAAGGCACCUCGCUAACAUGAUGGGUGAGGAUCCCGAAACAAUUAAUCAGGAGGAUAUUGAUCGAGCGAUCAGAUACCUUUUCCCAACAAGUUUGUUUGACAAGAAGGCUAGACCAAUCAUGAAGCAUCCUUUGGAAGUCUUUCCAAAACAGAGGGCUGUCCAAUGGGGAGAAGAUGGUCGUCCUUUCAAUUAUCUUUUCUACACAGGAAAGCAGUCCUACUAUUCACUUAUACAUGAUACCUACGAACAAUUUCUUAACAUCCAGGAAUAUGAAAGUCAACUGAGAGGCAAAGGUCUUUUUUCCCUGGAUUACAAGCCAAUAAAUUUAAUUGGAAGUAGAUGGUUGAUGAAAGAAGAACUGGAGGAGGUGCUAGUUGAAUACAUUUCUGACCAAGACUACCUGUACUUUCUUCGGUUACUGGAGCGUAUGCUAACCUUACCAUACUGCAGUAUUAAGGAAGAAUAUGUGUUGAAAUUUCGCAGAAAGAUGGAAGAUCAGUCCAAGCAACAGAUAAUUGAGCCUUUGCAGUUUGAUGAGAACGGAGUAGCUUUCAGUAAAGGGGAAGGUAAACGGAAAACAGCAAAAGCAACAGUCAUUGUACGAGAUCACGGAAGUGGAAAGAUAACAGUGAAUGGGAUGGAUUAUUUGCUGUACUUUCCAUCACUACAGGAAAGAGAACAAUUGAUGUUCCCUUUCCAAUUCCUGAACCGACUAGGAAUGCAUGACAUGGAAUGUACAGUGCAUUCAGGUGGCACAUCUGCACAGGCAGGAGCUAUUCGCUUGGCUUCUUCAAGGGCUUUGCUUAGCUUUAUCACUGAAAAAGAGGUGGAAUCCAUGAGACAAGCUGGCUUGCUGACUCCUGAUCCUCGUGUGAGAGAGCGGAAGAAGCCUGGUCAGGAGGGAGCCCGCAGGAAGUUCACAUGGAAGAAACGUUAAUCAGUGCCUUUUCCUGUGAAGCAACCCUGAGGUGGUUUGAAAUCAGAAGCAGAACUUCAACAAGACCUGCAGUAUGGACACCUGCUCAAACAUAUUUGAGGGCUUGCAAGAUCAUUAUUGUCUCAGAUCUCAGUUUCCUGCACAUGAGAACAAAGUCUACCUAUGGUUUUAUUUAUCUACAAAAAUUCUUGGAAUGAGUCCUUUAAUCAUUGUUUUAAAAAGUAUUCUUUUAUUAUCAGACUGUAAUGGUGUUUUUUGUGUAUGCUGAUAAAACAUGAUAUUUAAUUCAUUUCUUUUCACAGUGACUUCAAGUGGUUAGUUUUAUAUAUUUGAUACAUUUGUUUACUAGUCUGCAUGUUUUGGGAAGAAACUGCCAAGUUUCUAUAAUGAGCAACUAAUCUCCAAUAUCAUGUUACACUUUGUGACAAGUUUACAUCUGUUGUAACUGUGAUAAUCCUUGUGAUCAAUUCUCAAACUUGUUCUCUUUCCCCUCCCUUUCAUUUUUAGAAUAGGCAUCACAUUUUCUUCAUAAAUCCAAUAGCCUAUCAGUCUUUUUAAUUCCAUUAUUUGCAUCAUUGCUUUCACAUUUGUUUAGUUUCCUUGAAAGGAAGAAUUAUUUUAAUGUCAUGCCUGAUUUCUACUUGUAUCAAUUGUUUAAUGUUUGCUCCACUGCAACAUUAUAUAAAUCAAAACUUCUAAUACAAACUGUCACACUCAGCUGUUAACAUUUGUAAUCCCUGCAGGGAUGCUGUUUGUGUUAAGUGACUAAAAUUCCUGUGACAGUUUUUUCUCGGGAUUAUAAGGUAAUACCUUUUUGGGCAUUAAACUCAAGAACCAGAAUCUGUUUUGAAGCAUAUCAUCGCACAUUUAUUUCUGCCAGCGAGACACUGGAAGCUAUUAUUUGUUAAAUCUUGCCUUUUAUUUGAUACAGUGGACUUUCUUUGGAAACACUAUCAAAAAGACGUUUCCAGAGCAACCAAUGCAGAGACUUUCAAUGCAGUCUUCAUCUUUGUAUGUAUGGUGAUAGUUUGAUUUUAAAGUUGUCAAAGUCAUUUCAUUGCUAGAGCCAGACUGUAUAAAUAAAAGCAGAACAUGCUGGAUGAA